GUCUCGGAUCCCCAUGAAACCACUCAAUUCUGCAGCCACAAGUUGAACGGGCAUUGAACUUGAGCCCAUUGCGAUGCAUCAGGAUGUCAGGCGACCUCGGGGGUGCCAACAAGGAGGUCCUGCGGCGGCAACUUCAUAUCCUCAGGAAGGCCCCGCAUCGCAGAACUCCUGAAGAUGUACAGGCCUUCGCCGCUAGCCUAAGCCGUACCAAGUUUUUUCAGGACUUGGGUGACAAUGAGCAGAUGCAGGUGUGUCAGCAUUUGAAGCUUGAAGGCGCUCCCCGCGACACCACGCUAUUCAAACAGGGUGAUCCCGGCGACAAGUUUUACCUUAUCCUCUGUGGAUCCGUGGGAAUUUUCAUCAAAGAUGUGGAGGCCAAAGAUGUCGACUCAAAAACCGAGGCAAAUGGCAAGGAUGAAAGCAAAGAGGCUGAAGGAGAUAGACGAAAAUCUGGGCUCGAAGCAGUCCAAACAGAGCAGAUGCCAUUUCUUCCGGCACCAGAGUCUUUGGCAGCGGGGCCAUCCUCAAUAGAUCCAGUCCCAGCCCAGCUUGCUCCUGAAGGAGAGGAGCCAACAGAUCCAGUCCCAGCCCAGCAUGCUCCUGAAGCAUGUGUCGACCUGAGCGACUUGAGCGAAACCUACAUGGAACUUUCUAAACGGCGUCGAUUUGGCCUUGCUCCUGGAAGCCUUCUAGCAGCAAGAGUAGUUGGCCGAAGCAGCGUCACCCUGCCGAAUCAUCCAGAUAUGAAUGUAGAAGCUGAUGAGAAUGAUAUGGAUGACAGGAAAGGGGCAAAGCAGGUCACCAUUGCACCUGACGUGGGGCAAGAUGCAGACAGGGUUUCGAGCCCGGACGGCGAAGGUAAACCGGAAGAAAGCAAAGGAGAAGCUGAGCAACCUCAGCAACCCGAACAUUUGCAAAGAAGUGAAAGCAGACUUUCUGCGAGAUCUGCCGCCAGUGAAAACAGCGAUGCGGACUUAGCUAUGCAACUUCAGAACAUCAACAAAGCAGAAGGAGUUGUGGAUGAAGACGAAAAGAAGAGCUUGAAGAAAGUAACCCAGCGGAGCCUGAUGAAAACGCUUUUAAGUAGGCCAUUGAUGAGCUUAAAAGGACCCAAGCUGGUGGAAGUUGCAGUGCUUCAGGUUGGUGACUGCUUUGGAGAAAUCGCCUUGCAGACAGAUCAACCACGAGCAGCCACAGUAAAGACGCGGAGCGAUACUAUUUUUGCAACCUUGGUUCGGGAGGACUACAAAUCAAUACUGCAUUCCUGUUUGCAAAAGAUUCAGCAAGAUCGCCAGGCCUUCUUGCGCAGCAUUCCUUUGCUGGCAUCCUUGCCCAACAUUGCAAACCUGGCAGCGUUGAUGCAAAGCCGCUUGUAUUGCCGGCAGGGAAUUCUAAUCAACUUGGGCACGCCAGUCAUGCACAUCUACCUGAUCAGUCAAGGCAGCUUCUCAGUUCGAGGGCAGCUCAAAGGCAGAGAUAACAAGAAAGUGAAGGAGGAGCGCCGAAGACGACCUUCUGAGCUGGACCGAGAGAGGGAGAAAGAGAGAGAAAAGGCGGAGAAAGUGCCCGUCUCCAAGACAGUGCUGUCUUUGCUGCUUCCUGGCUCCACUUACGGACUCAGCCACUUCCUGAAGGGCGAACGCGAGCAUGUCCGCCAAGUGAUAUGUGAAACUGCCGGCUCAGUUUUUACCCUUUUCGCGAAGGAUGUCGCCGUUCACAUGAGCAGUAGCCAGCGCUCGCAAGUGACUCACACUUCUGCAGCAGAAGAAUCAUUCUUCCGUCAAAGAUGCAUGGCACUGGGCAAGGUUUGUACGGUAAGCCCGCCCAGGAAAGUGCGAUGUUGGCCACCGGAGCAGACCCUGCUUGAUAAGAUUCGAGAAUUUACGGAUGUGUUCAGCACUCAAAGCAUUUACUCGCCAGAAGGCCGUUUGCGAGCGGUAGGCUCUGCCUUUCUGGAACAGGAGGCCAAGCGAAUCCAAGAGGAGAGGUUGGCAAUUCAAAUGCAGAAAGGUCGAGCUGGAAGGAUGCCAGUGAGCAAUGAGGAGGGCAUGGAGACGCACACAGAGCUGCCAAAAGUGUCAUGUUGGCACAUGCAGCAUGUUGCCGAAAAGGUCGUGCAGAGCUGUCGCGACACUGACUCGAGAGUUCUUGCCUCUGAAUUGCAGGCGGCUUGGGAGGGCAAACAUGCAAAUGAGGGAAAACAACGGCAGGCAUGGCUAAAUGGUAAGCCCUAGCCGCGGCAAUUCACUGCCCGAGGUGGUUGUUGAGGCGGAUGUACGACGGGCGCGAAAGCUGGAUAAAGUAAACUCAUCGCCACCAGCAUGGCGAGCCUUCAAUCCAUUGGAUGAUGAUGAUGAUGUAGCAUCACAAAGUGGGCCAGCCAACGCAGGAGGUGCCACAAGAGAUCUCCAAGAUGCAAGAGGCUCCAAAGAUCUUUCGCCAAGGCCUGGCCAGAGAUUCAUGCACACGUCCCCCAUGUUCUCAAUGGCUAGGAGCCCUCCAUCGCUCAGCGUGGGCACCUCAAUAUCCAUUUGUCAACCUCCGCUGCCCGAUAUUUGGAAGCCGCAAGAAGAACCAGAUGGUCUUGGAUGCGAACUUGCAUCGGAGGAAGAUCUCUCGCUUUGCGAUUUCUUCUCUGAGAGACUGCUGGCUUUGAGUCCCAUUUCGUGCUCUCCAAGGGAGUUCUCUUCCUGCAGCACCCGCCUUGGGUCUCAGAGUUCGCGAGGAUCGGACAAGUCCCGCCCCUCCACACGCGGAUCCUGUCUGCAAUGGGAUGCUUUGUUUUCCAAGGCGGCGGCAAGGCACCUCAAAUGCAUGCAAGAAUCCGGGCGAGACCCGUGAGCUCAUGCUCAUGAGCUCUGAGACCGUUGCUGUGUGAUCUACGAAGAGUUUCACAGACAGGCGGGGUCCUUCCAGAUGCUUUGCAAGAGAAUUGGCGAGUGCCUUGAGUGCCUUUCAUGUUUCAUGGCUGCCCGGCGCAGAGUUCUCAAGGGUAGUGCGUGCCAAAGGCAAACCGCCUGCAGACUGCGUCAGUGAACAGCACAGUAGAAUUCGUGCAUCCAACAAGGACGUACCUCUCCUCCUGCCCAUUUCACGAGACGAUUGCCCUCUUGACAAGCACACCUUCCUGCACGCGACCCGCAAGCGUGGGCAGACUGGCACUGAAUUGCACGCUUUGGACUGCGAGGGUGGCUGC